AUGGGAGGUAGUAGCGGCGGCGGAGGUUCAUACCGGAGCGGCGGCGAUUCCGACGUGGAAGUGGAAGAUUACGAGGUUGAUGAUUUCAGAGAAGGGAUUGUAGAAUCUCGAGGAAACAGAUUUAAUCCUCUCACGAAUUUCUUAGGGUUAGAUUUCGUCGCCGGUAACGGAGGAGGAAAGUUCACCGUCAUUAAUGGAAUCAGAGAUAUCUCCAGAGGCUCCAUUGUUCAUCCCGAUAACCGGUGGUACAAGGCGUGGACAAUGUUCAUAAUGAUAUGGGCACUUUACUCUUCUUUCUUCACUCCAUUGGAAUUCGGAUUCUUCAGAGGAUUACCAGAGAAUCUCUUUAUCCUCGAUAUCGUUGGCCAAAUCGCUUUCUUAGUCGAUAUCGUCUUAACAUUCUUCGUUGGUUAUAGAGAUAGCCGAACUUAUAGAAUGGUCUAUAGACGCAGCUCAAUCGCUUUACGGUACUUGAAAUCAACAUUUAUUAUUGAUCUACUUGCUUGUAUGCCAUGGGAUAUAAUCUACAAGUCUGCAGGUGAAAAAGAAGAAGUGAGAUACUUAUUGUUGAUAAGGCUAUAUCGAGUUCAUAGAGUAAUCCUGUUUUUCCACAAAAUGGAGAAAGAUAUAAGAAUCAAUUACCUUUUCACUAGAAUCAUCAAGCUUAUAUUUGUCGAGCUCUAUUGUACUCACACCGCGGCCUGUAUCUUCUAUUACUUGGCUACGACGUUGCCUGCUUCUCAAGAAGGGUACACUUGGAUUGGAAGCUUGAAAUUGGGAGAUUAUAGUUACUCAAAGUUUAGAGAUAUCGAUCUUUGGACUCGAUACACUACUUCUAUGUACUUUGCUGUUGUCACUAUGGCAACUGUUGGUUAUGGAGAUAUACACGCGGUUAAUAUGCGGGAAAUGAUUUUCGCGAUGGUCUACAUUUCAUUCGACAUGAUUCUAGGCGCUUACUUGAUCGGUAACAUGACAGCUUUGAUUGUGAAAGGUUCGAAAACAGAGAGAUUCCGGGAUAAGAUGGCGGAUAUUAUGCGGUAUAUGAACCGAAACAAACUCGGUAGAAACAUUCGUAGUCAGAUCACUGGACAUUUGCGGUUGCAGUACGAAAGUAGCUACACUGAGGCAGCUGUUCUUCAAGACAUACCUGUCUCUAUCCGCGCUAAGAUUGCACAAACUUUAUACUUGCCAUAUAUUGAUAAAGUUCCUCUCUUUCGCGGGUGCUCAUCUGAAUUCAUUAACCAGAUUGUUAUAAGACUUCAUGAAGAAUUCUUUCUCCCUGGAGAAGUUAUUAUGGAACAAGGAAGCGUUGUUGAUCAACUCUACUUCGUUUGUCACGGUGUAUUGGAAGAGAUAGGUACAGCUAAAGAUGGUUCUGAAGAAAUAGUGGCACUUCUACAACCAGAUCAUUCUUUUGGAGAGGUUUCAAUCCUUUGCAAUAUUCCUCAGCCUUACACGGUUCGAGUUUCCGAGCUGUGUCGGAUUCUAAGGCUAGAUAAACAAUCUUUUACGAACAUUCUCGAGAUAUAUUUCCACGAUGGACGGAGAAUUCUCAACAAUUUACUUCAAGGGAAAGAAUCAAAUGUACGGAUUAAGCAAUUGGAAUCCGAUAUAACCUUUCAUAUUAGUAAACAAGAGGCAGAGCUAGCUUUGAAGUUGAAUAGCGCGGCUUUCUACGGUGAUCUUUACCAGCUCAAGAGUUUGAUUCGAGCUGGAGCUGACCCGAAUAAGACCGAUUAUGACGGUAGAUCGCCUUUGCAUCUUGCAGCCUCUAGAGGAUAUGAAGACAUUACAUUAUAUCUUAUUCAAGAAUCAGUAGAUGUAAAUAUAAAAGAUAAAUUAGGUAACACACCGUUACUUGAUGCAAUCAAGAACGGUAAUGAUCGUGUGGCGGCUUUGCUCGUGAAAGAAGGUGCUACGUUGAACAUAGAGAGCGCGGGGACUUUCCUUUGCACGGUGGUUGCGAAAGGAGACAGCGAUUUCCUCAGACGGCUUCUAAAUAACGGAAUUGAUCCUAAUUCUAAAGAUUAUGAUCACAGGACACCUCUUCAUGUUGCUUCCUCUGAAGGAUUGUAUCUCUUGGCAAUGCAAUUAGUAGAAGCAAGUGCAAAUGUUCUUGCAAAAGACAGAUGGGGAAAUACUCCUCUAGAUGAAGCCUUGGGUUGUGGGAACAAGAUGUUGAUAAAAUUACUCCAAGAUGCUAAGAAUUCUCAAAUCUCUUCGUUUCCGAGUAGCUCCAAAGAGCUUAAAGAUAAAGUGUAUAAGAAGAAAUGUACAGUGUAUUCUUCACAUCCCAAUGACGCGAAAGAGAAGAGAAGACGCGGAAUUGUAUUGUGGGUGCCUCGAAGCAUCGAGGAGCUUGUAAGAACUGCAGCGGAACAGCUGAAUGUUCCGGAAGCUUCUUGUGUAUUAUCUGAAGAUGAAGAGUAUUUAGAAACAGAGUAA